AUCCAUUUCUGAGCUUCUCUCGGUCCUCCCAAUAUCACCAUCUAAAUCAUCACAUCUCCAUCGACUCAUGCGAAUGCUAACUCAUUCUGGAAUUUUCUCUGAAAAUGAAGAAAAUAUGUACUCUCUCACUCCUGUUUCUUCUAUCCUCGUCCAAAACAAAAGCUUAGACUUGUCUGGUUUCCUACUAGCAAUGCUGCAUCCUUUUGUAGUGAAUCCAUUUCAAUCAAUGAGCGCUUGGUUCAAAAGUGACGGUGAACCUUCACCGUUCUCAGUUGAAUAUGGCUGUGGUGUAUGGGAGAUGACGGAGCGGAAUUUCAAUUUUAAUACGGUUUUUAAUGAAGGAAUGGCAAGCGAUUCAAACUUCUUGACGAACGUUUUGCUUGAGGAGUGUGGUCACGUGUUCGAAGGCCUGAAGUCGUUGGUGGAUGUUGGUGGAGGAACUGGGUCUACGGCGAUGGCUAUCGCUGAGGCUUUUCCGACUGUGAGCUGCAGUGUUUUGGAGCUCCCUCAGGUUGUCAGUACAAUAAAAGAGAAGGGGUGCGUAGAGUUUAUUGCUGGCGAUAUGUUUGAUUACAUUCCCCCAGCUGACGCUGUGCUGCUCAAGUGGAUCCUUCACGAUUGGAAUGAUGAGGAGUGCGUUAGUAUACUAAAACGAUGCAAGGAAGCAAUUAUUUCUAGAGAGGAUGGUGGCGGCAAAGUCAUUAUUAUUGACGUGGUGAUGGGCUCCAACAAAUGUUAUGAGAAGUCGAACACAUCUCAGAUUUACAUGGAUAUGUUGAUGAUGGUAAUGUGUAAUGGUGCUGAGAGAGGAGAACAAGAGUGGGAGAAGAUCUUCAUUGAUUCUGGGUUUAAGGACUACAAGAUAACACCAACUCUGGGUUUGCGUUCAGUCAUUGAAGUCUAUCCAUGAUUUCAUGUUUUUUUACUCAGUCUUAGUUGUACUUUAAAAAAAAUUAAGAUUCUGGUAUGUUCGACCGGCACUCCUACGCAAGGGUGUUUCUGUUAGAUUUUUGCAAGAAUUAUGGCAUUUAUGUUGAUUUCCUAGUAUAAGUGUAUUUGUAAUCGUUCUCUGCAGAUAUAAGGCCAUUUAGUUUGA